AUGCCAAAUGCACACAUCCAGCCUGCGCGCCGGCUGGGAUGGUGGCACGGCUGGGAUGGCGGCACGGCAGCGCCUUGUCAGCAGCGGCGGCGGCGGCGCCUUGCAGCCACCGGCCAGGGCCCGGCGACUCAGGGCCCAGCCACCGGCCGGGUGUACCGAGCCACAUGCCCCCUGGAGGGCUGGGAGGCCCUGGCCGAGUCCCUGGGCCCGCUGUACCCGCCGCAGCUGCAGCUGCACCACUACGUUGUGCUGGAGGCAGCACAGCAAGCCGCCGGCACCAUGCCUGACGCUCCUUUGAUUGCUGCCUACGACUUCUUACCGGCUGACCCCACCAGCCCCAUCACUGCCGCCCUGCUCCUUUCCGGCGGCAGCGUGCCAGGCAUCGCCCGGAGCCGGCAGCUGCGCGGCGUGCCGCGGCAGCGGUGCCAGCUUGUGGGAUGCACCACGCUGAGCGACCCGCACGCUGCAGCUGCCGCCUUCCAGCGGCGCUAUGCCCGUGGCCUGCAGCUGCUGCGAGACGACUGCACCCACCACGCCGACCGGCUGAUCGACCACCUGCUGCGAUCCUCGCAGUGA